CAAAACAAACAGAUAUGCAGAUUAUUAGCUUAGAUAUUAUCAACAGUUCUGAAAAUAUUACCAAUUCUAAUAAUAUAGAUGAGGAUUAUAUUGUUAUAGAGCCUGAUGACCAAGAUCAUGAUGAUAGUAAUAAUAAGCAAGAAUUAUAUGAAUUUACAGAACCUGAUUAUAGUAGCGAAAAUGAAGAAAUUAAUCUAGAAGAUCUAAUUAGAAUGCUUUUUAAAAGGGUUUUUGUUAAUAACUUAUGGACCUGUGCAUUGCCAAUUGAAAAACUGUAUUAUUUAGCAAGUAUAUAUUCUGAUAUAUACUAUAAUUGCAAUAGUACUGAAGACUUAAAAACAGUAAAAG